ACAUGUUUUUCUCAUAUUUUUCUGAGAAAUUUAUGAUUGAUAGAUCUAACCUGAAUGGUUCCGACUUCUUAAACUAAUAAGAUUUCUCAAAAAUCCCAACUUUGAUUCUGGGUUUGUUGUUUUUAGUUUCUUUUUAUUGAUUUUGAGAGUAUUGGUGAAAAUCCCUUCUGGGUAUAGAUCCAAUCUGCUUCAAAAUUUAACCUUUUUCACUGUUUUAGGAGAUUUUAAGGGCGUGGAGUUCAUCCCAAAAUGGUUACAGUUAAUCUGGGGAUGCUUCAUUAUGUAAUAGAUCAUGUGUAUGGUGCAUUUAUGCACAGAACAAAGAUAAGCCCUCCAUUUUUCUCAAGAGGGUGGGGUGGUUCAAAGCUUGAGUUGCUGGAGAGAUUGAUAAACCAGCUGUUUCCUGAUGUUGAGGGCCAAAUCUGGCCUCCAAACUUGAUCCAGCCAAUGUGGAAAACAGUUUGGGAGUCCAAAAAUGCUUGCCUGAGAGAAGGAGUUUUCAGGACCCCUUGUGAUGAGCAGUUGCUUAAUGCAUUGCCUCCUGAGAGUCACUAUGCAAGGGUUGCUUUCCUUACCCCAAAAUUCGUCUCACCUCAGAAUAUGGCUUGCGUGGUUCACCUUGCAGGCACGGGGGACCAUACAUUUGAGAGGAGAUUGCGACUUGGGGGGCCAUUAUUGAAAGAAAACAUUGCAACUAUGGUGCUUGAGAGCCCUUUCUAUGGUCAAAGACGUCCUGUGCUGCAGCGUGGUGCCAAACUUCUAUGUGUCAGUGACUUGCUUUUAUUAGGUAGAGCAACCAUUGAAGAGGCACGGAGUCUUUUACAUUGGUUAGACUCUGAGGCAGGGUUUGGUAAGAUGGGUGUUUGUGGAUUAAGCAUGGGUCAGUAUAUCCUUUUGCUUUUACUCCACUUUUAAGUUUGCAAGUAAUUUCGCUGGGUUAAACCUCAUUUCUUUUCACUUAACCUGAUUCAGUGCUGUAUCUCUGGACUGCACUAGAAGGAAAAUUUUCACCCUGAUAGCAAAUUAAUAACACCCUUAAUCCUGUACAUUUGCAUCUUUAAAGUUUGAUGCCUUUCUGAAAUUUAGGAGGAGUGCAUGCUGCAAUGGUUGGAUCACUACACCCAACACCACUUGCUACCCUUCCUUUUCUUUCCCCGCAUUCUGCUGUUGUGGCAUUCUGUGAGGGUAUACUAAAGUAUGGCACUGCAUGGGAGGCACUGAGAGAGGAUCUUGCAGCACAGGAAACUGCAAUGACUCUCGAGGAGGUGAGAGAACGGAUGAGAAAUGUACUCUCUCUCACAGAUGUUACACGCUUUCCAGUUCCCAAAAAUCCCAAUGCUGUUAUAUUCGUGGCUGCUACUGUAAGUACAAUUUUUCUGCUUUACCAUAUGGAUUCUCUAAACGAUAUUGAUGAGAAGGUUUUUUUAUGAAAUUUUAUCAAGAAACAAGUUUCGUAUGUCUUAUUAGUAUAUCCCUGAUUUCUUAUAUAGGAUGGUUUAAUCUUUGCCUUCACUAUAAUACCAAUUUGACUUGUGACUUGAUCAAGCUGAAUUGAUCAAGCAGUUUGCAAUAAAUCCACACAUUUAGC